AUGGUGAUGGUGGACUGGCGUGUUGUCAGCUUCGUCCUGUUCUCCCUUUGUCUCUACUUGCUCCUCUCCUCCUCCUCCUGCGGGAGUCCCCCUUUGCAUGACGACGUGAGGGAGGAGACUUGGCGGUACCCUGAGCGGGCGUCCGAAAGUGACGUGGACACGAUCUACAGCCAGUGCGGCUCGCUCAUCCCGCCCAAGGCCGGAUGGUGGCCACAGCAGCGACCGGAGGGGAGGAAAAGAGGCCAACGACUGCCGCUGAUACCCCUCGGGAGUCGCGAGCAGCUGGGCUGUCUUGCCGAGCUCUACGAACUCAAGACUGGCGCCGAGCUCGGAGUGCAGCAAGGACUUUUCUCGAAUGAGACCCUCUCGCGCUGGCCAAGCUGUGAGAAGUACAUCCUCGUUGAUGUGUGGAAGCAUCAAGAAAGCUACGAUGACGGCGCCAACGUGGAAGAUUCUGAUCAGGAGGCGCGCUUCGAGGAGACCAAGCGCAACUUGGAGCGGUACGCCCACAUCACCGAGUUCUUGCGCAUGUACACGACCGAGGCCGCCAAGCUUGUGCCGGACGACUCGCUCGACUUCAUCUACGUGGACGCGCGCCACGACUACUGCGGGGUGCGCGAGGACCUGCGCACCUGGUGGCCCAAGCUGCGGAUGGGCGGUAUCUUCGCCGGCCACGACUACCUUUCUGGAUCCGAAGCCCACGAGCUUGGCCAGUCAUGGCGUCAAUGCAUGGAUGGAUCGGAGGGGAGUGGAGCGGUGAAGGGAGCUGUGAACGAGUUCGCGUUCGCCAACAACCUGCAGGUGCUGUACCCUUCGUGGUACCUCCAGAAGCUGUAG